AGGGGCUUGAGUGCCCCCUACGCGGCACGGGGCAGAGGCAGCGGGUAUAAAAGUCUCACCGCGUCCUGGGACUCCAUCAGUACAUCUCCUGACACCACCAGUUCAACAUGAAGGUCCUCGCAGCUCUCCUGGCUCUGGCUGGCGUCGCCGCCGCCAACUCCGCCUUCCGCUUCUCCGACGGCUACCUCGACGUCCUCGGCGCAGAGCCCGUCCAGAACUUCGACUGCUCAGGCCGCGCUUACGGAUACUACGCCGACGUCAGCAGCGACUGCCGUGUGUUCCACGUGUGCCUGCCCGUCGCUGACGAACUGGGCGAGCUGCUCGAGACCGCCCAGUUCUCCUUCUUCUGCGGCAACCAGACCGUGUUCAGCCAGGAGUCCCUCACCUGUGCCCACUCCGAGGAGGCCUUCCCCUGCGACCAGGCCGAGACCCUCUUCGACGUCUCCAACGCUGGCUUUGGAAUCAUCCCCGAGGACGUGAAAUAAGGCUGUAGAUACUCGCACUAAAUCUUUAUUUUUUUACUUCUAUAUUUCCCUACUUCAAAAAUAGCAAUAAAAAUGCAUAUCUA